AAUUCCUCAAAAAAUGAACCUGCACCAGAAUUCCACAUGUGUCUGCCUGGAAUCAGCGAGUAUACAGAUCUCCAUGCUGAUCACUUACAGAACUUCCCUAAUGUGACCAAACAGAGAGUAGUGGAUUUCUUACAACUAAGUGACCAAAAGUUGAAUGAAAAAAUUGAACUUCUUUAUGCACAGAGGUAUCUAAGAUAUGUGCGUGUAGUCAUAAAUGAUGUAACAUAUAUAACUUCGAACGUUUGGGCAGAAAUGAAAAGAUCAACAAGCUACAAAGUGGACAUAAGUAUAGACAGGAAUGCAGUGAUCCAGCAAACUCAGUGUGAAUGUGCAGUAGGACAAGGACCAUUGGCUCAUUGUAAGCAUGUGGGAAGUGUUUUAUUUGGUCUUGUAAAAUACUGCACAUCUGGUAGCAUUCUAACAGAAGUAACAUGCACACAGGUUUUACAAAAAUUUCACAAAAGUAAGCCCAUGAAAGGUAGUCCAUUGAAAACAAGGAACCUGAGUGGAAUCAGAGGAAAUGUGAAGCCUGCUAUUUAUGAUCCAAGACCAGUGCAUAGGAAGAAUUCUUCAAAAAAUGAACAAAACUUGAGAAACAUGGUACUUAACUGGCAGGGAAAAUCAAAGUGGCCUGUGCUACAAAUGUAUGAAUCAGCCAACAUAAGAGCCUUAGCAGCUGACCAUGACUACAUGGAGCUGACAAUGGAGGAUCACUUUCUCAAGACUGAAAAGGUAUCCUGUAUUUCAAAGGCUGAAAUCUAUGAAAUUGAGCAGCAAACCAAAUACCAAAGUGCAUGUGACAGGUGGACAGCAGAAAGACGAAAACGAAUUACAUCUUCUAAUUUUGGAAAUAUAUGCAAGGCCACUAUAAAGAGAGACAUUGAUAUGCUACUGAGGGGUCUAUUACACCCAGUAAAUCUAAAAACUAAACAAACUAUGUAUGGGAGACAAUAUGAAAGUGUGGCAGUGGAGAGUUUUGAGACAUUGACAAACACUAAAACUAAGAGUUGUGGACUUUUUGUUAGUGAACACACCCUAUGCUUGCUGCCUCACCAGAUAGAGUCAUUGACGAUGAAACUCUGGUAGAGGUAAAGUGUCCGUACUCAGCACGAAAUUAUUAAAUUUCUGAACAAACGGUUCCAUAUCUAACCAUAACUGAUGGGAAGUUAACCCUAAAAAAAACCCAAAACUAUUACUAUCAAAUACAAGGGCAGUUGUUUUGUGCGGGUAGGAGACAGUGCAAGUUUAUUGUUUUUACUUUGACAGACAUAAAAAUCAUAGACAUCUUUUAUGAUCAUGAAUUUGUUAUGGAAAUGUUGAAUAGACUCUCAAGUUUCUAUGAUUCACAUUUUAAGAAUGCCAUUUUGAAUAAAUAUUUAUUUAAUAAAUAAAAAUAUAUCAGAGUUAAUAUGUUUUAUUCUAUCCAAUGUUACAAGAUCAAUACACGUCAA